AUGAUUUCUUUCCGCUCCUAUAACAUAUCCACCAUUACACAUGGAAUAGUUUCAUCACCUAAAACGCUCCUGUGCCCCAGGGUGGGAAUCGGCUCUGGAAAAGGGAUCCACCAGACCCGGACUUGCGCUCCCAGUUGGAGGACGGUCACGUCCCUGCUGCAGGUGAGACAGGUAGUCCAGGAAUUACCUUCCUGUCGAUUUGGGCUUCCUGCUCGCGUCACAGGCGCCAGCGGCUGCCGGGGAAAUGGAAGGCAGGGGAUCCAGCCCCAAGCAGAUCUCUCAGGAGCACUGGGGAGGUGGGGCCUUGCUGGGCGCAGUCUCGCCUCCCGCCCCUUCCCCCAUCCCCGGGGCUGCGGUGCGGACUUGAGGCCAGGACAUCGCGGGGACCGGAAGGAAUUCCGUAGCCAUUUCUGCAGCGCUCUGCCUUGGGGUAAAGGAGAAGCCGGCACCAGGAGCGCCAAAAAACGCGGAAAAAAGCGCCUUCGCCUCGAUUUACCCAGUGUGACCGCGCCAGGGCCUUCUCAGUUGGGUAGAACUCUGCAGAGAAAAUGCCUAGCACUUAUAUCUCCGGUAACUCCUAUCAAGGUUUAUUGUUGCUUGUUCAUCAUUGCAGUUCUGACUACAAGUGUGGUUGCACUUUCUAUUGUUUUGUCAGUUUUAGCAAGAGAAGAAAAGCCAGUGAUAGAGUCACAUAAGUAUGCUGCUUGCCCAAAAAGCUGGAUUGGAUUUGGGAGUAAAUGUUUUUAUUUUUCUGAAGACACAAGAAAUUGGACUUUCAGUCAAGUCUUCUGUGUCUCAUUAGAAGCCAGCCUUGCUCAGUUUGCAACUAUGGAAGAACUGAAUUUCCUGAAAAGAUACAAAGGCCCUUCUGACCACUGGAUUGGCCUUAGAAGAGAAUCAUACCAUCACAUUUGGAGGUGGACAGACAACACAGAAUAUAAUAACAUGUUUCUUAUCAGAGGAGUUGGAGAAUGUGCCUACCUGAAUGACAAUGGAGUCAGUAGUGCCAGCAUCUAUACAGACAGAAAAUGGAUUUGUAGCAAGCCAAAGAGUUAUGUCUACAGUUGCCAAAUUAGAAACUCUUUACAGAAUUUCCCUAUAGAUGUGUCAUAACUUGUUAUAUAUAAUUAAUGUAUAUAACACCUGGAAACACCUGGAUAUCCAGGCAGAAGACUGCCGUAGGGGUGGAUCCCUCUUGAAGAACCUCUACUAGGGCAAUGCAGAGAUCCCCCACUGGGAUGCUACCUGGUAGAGCUGUAAAACGAGAGCCACCAUCCUCUGAGUUCCUGGAAAGCCCACACCCACUAACUUUGGGACUGUCAAGACUCACCUAAAUCAGUUGAAAGCUGAUUUACUGAAAGCUACUCAGUUACAGAGGAGGGUAUCCUCAGAAAGCUGUCUUUGUUUUAAAGUCUUCUUUUAUAUAUAAAAGCUAAAUUAUGUCUACAUGUGAGUAGGCUGUCAGUGUGACACAAUUUAGUACUUCAUUGAUAUAAAGAAACUUAUCUUUGUCAUUUUAA